AUGUGCUUGUCCGAUGCUACGGACCCUCUGGUCCCUGUUAGGGCAACAUACGUGAAUCUGUACAAGUGGCCAGAAUCGGAUGCUGAGUUUUUGAGGUCAAGGAGCUCAGGCCGACCGAGUAGAGUGGUGGACAGUUUCUCGUGUAGGCAGAUGUACCUGAGGAGUUACAGGUUCUCAAGGAAAGAAGGUGUGAGGGAAAAGACAGUGAAAUGCUUUGGGAGAGUUAAAGAGAAAAUAGGGGGUGAUGGGAAGAGGAAGAAGAGCCUACGUAUUAGAAGAAGAAGGAGGUGUUUGGUUUGGAGGAAAGUCAAGAUUGUAUUGUUCAGGUUUUUCAACAGAUUGAUUUCCUGUUCUGCUACUGUACAUGUAGAUCAGAGGAAUGCUUUCUUUUGA